UUGUUUUUGAACUCUCGACCAUCCUAUCCAGCAGCAUCAUCCACACACAGCAACCCUCCGCGCUCUCACGCGCACCUGUGGGGAGAGGAAGAGCGCAGCCUGUUGCCACGUGCCGCGCAUCGCGCCGCGCGCUCAGUUCUGCCUUGGACAGUAAAAAGGGAAGCAGAGCGCGAGCUUGCACAGCCGUUCUAAGCCGAGAUAAAGCGGACCAGUCAACACAAAGAGAGGACGGAAUAUAGAAGAGGGGAAAUUGUUUCUUUUCUCAACCAAUUUGCUUUACGAAGCUCCACUUUCUGCCAGCUGUGCACUCCUGCUGUUGAGGCUUUGGUAUGAGCUUAUUCGGAAGGAAAGCGCUGACGUUGCUGAGCAGCGUGUUCGCUGUUUGCGGCCUCGGCCUGUUGGGAAUCGCCGUGAGCACAGACUACUGGCUCUACCUAGAAGAGGGGGUCAUCCUUCCUCUCAACCAGAGCAUGGAGAUGCGCAUGUCCCUUCACUCUGGUCUCUGGAGGGUUUGUUUCCUAGCUGGGGAAGAGAAAGGCCGGUGUUUUACCAUUGAGUAUGUGAUGCCAACAAAUGUCCAAAUAACAUCGGAGUCUACUGUUAGUGUACUCAAGAUGAUCCGCUCUGCCACACCCUUUCCUCUGGUCAGCCUCUUCUUCAUGUUCAUUGGUUUUGUACUCAGUAACAUCGGCCAUAUUCGACCACAUCGUACUAUCCUGGCUUUCGUGUCUGGAAUCUUCUUCAUCCUUUCAGGUCUGUCUCUGGUCGUUGGCCUGGUUUUGUACAUCUCAAACAUUAAUGAUGAAAUGCUGAACAGGACCAAGUCCAAUGAGGCUUACUUCAGCUACAAAUACGGCUGGUCCUUUGCAUUUGCUGCCAUCUCCUUCCUGCUCACUGAGACGGCAGGUGUCAUGUCAGUGUACCUGUUCAUGAAGCGAUACACAGCGGAGGAAAUGUACAGGCCCAAUCAGGGCUUCUACAGGCCUCGCCUCAGCAAUUGCUCAGAUUACUCUGGCCAGUUUCUCCAUCCGGACGGUUGGGCGGGACGUGGCCGCAGUCCCUCCUCCAUCUCCUCUGAGGCCUCCCUGCAGAUGAACUCCUCCAACUAUCCAGCCCUCCUUAAAUGUCCAGAGUAUGAACAGAUGUCAUCCUCCCCCUGCUGAGGCAUCGGGCCUAUGUGAUAUAGCAUCCACUAGGGUUGAUUUUUUUCUGCCCAUAUUUUGGCAUGUCGUCAAAUAAUUUGAUAUCAUCCAUCCUGAAGUCCUCACUUAGGAUGAUUGUAAUAUGGCCUGAGUUCACUUUGCUCGCUCAAUCGCUAAAUUGUAGUUAUAAUUUUUUGUUUUGAAGCAAAAAAAAGCAAAACUUGAGACUGUUUUAUGUGUUUCAGACAAAAGAGGAAGGUUAUAUGAGAUGAUAGUUGAAGCUAACUUGCAAAAUAUGCAUGUUAAAUGAAAAAUACAAACAUAUGGAAGGCAAGUUUACAUAGAAAGCAUUAACCAAUCGGUAUUGUUGUCCACUUUAAGUGUGGAGGAAACUUUCUCAGGACUGGUAACCCACAAUGUGUAUUUGCUAAGUGAUAUCAUGAUAUUCCUAUUUAAAAUGCACUAAGAGCUGUGCUCUGCUGCUGCACAUAUGAUGUGCGCACCCUUUUUAAGAGCAUGUUUACAUUACGUUCAGAACCCUAUUUCAGUUCAAAUGUAUUAAAGUCCAAACCCUGGGGAGACAAUAAAUUACACACUCAAAAUCAGCUUUAUUUAUACAAUUCUUCCUUUUUUUAUGAGGAAGUUUUUUUACAGGCUUAUAUGAUGGAAGUGAUGAAAAAGGUUGAUUCAUAUUCAUGUAAAUAUUUAUAAUUUUAAAUCUUAAAAUAUCUCACUGUAAAAUCCUAAAUUAUACAGACUGUUGUUUAACUUCCGGAAAAAAUGUAUUUUUUAGCCUCACUUUACUGAAGUAACAUAUUAGGAAAAAACUACGUUUUACAUUUUAAUUUUCUUUAAAUGUGCAAUAAAGCUUUUAUUUGGUUUUGUAAAUAACUACAUUAAAUGUAUUGGUGAAUAUGAAAAGAGAUCUAACUUUUUUCAUGCACUAAAAAAAUUUAUCCUGCAACAACGCACAGCAGCUUUCUUCAUGAACCAGGCAAGAUGGAUACAAUGCAUCACAUCUCUUCAGAAACUCAAAAAUAUAUUUUUUUUGCCAGCAGACAAGUGCAAAAGGUUUAUCAAGCUAAUAUAAGCAGUCUGUUGAUUGUGGUUGUCAAAUCAUAUAGAUUCUUAGUCAUGAUUAAUGUACGACGUAGGGGGGCGUUCGGUUACUGGUGUUUAACAAGGAAUGUGUUCAUGUCAGGUGGAAUUAAGAACUAUUUUCAUACUGAAUUAUAGUGAAUGUAAGACAUGUGUAAAACAAAACACUGCUGAAAGAGAUUUUCUGCUUACAAUACCUCUCCAAGUACAAUAUGAUAAAGAGAAAUAUUUUUUUUAAAUUGUAACCCCUUCUGAUAAAAGAGCUUUUAGAUACACAAUUAUCAUUACUGCACAUAGUUGAUGUUGUGCCCCAAAUGGCACAUAAAUGCAUUUCAAGCAGCAGUAAGAAUAGGCGGAAAGUUUUUCUCUUUUGUAUUUUUGUCUUGUGAAGUUAUUUCACAGUUGUGCUUGAAAGUUUAAAUACCCUUGUUCAGGAAAUAUUCAGUCAGACUUCUGCACCUGUUGGCAGGUAUGUUAGUUCAAUGUUAAUCAGCAAGGUACCUUAAUUAAUCUGGGAUAGUUUGUUUUUAAUAAUUUUUUUUUUACCAAAUCUUGGAAAUUAAUAUUUUAUUUUACUAUAUUAUGAUUUAGUUUUUAUUUUUAUUUAUUAUUACCUCUUUUAGUUUUAUGUUAUUUGAAUAACUAGUGUGAAUUGGUCUUUUCCUUUAAGGGGAGGGUAUAUAAACUUUCAAGCACCUCUGUGUAUAAGUUCAGUAUUUCAUUAAAGGUAUUGUCACUGUAUUACAUUGCAUGGUGUAAACGGCACAUGAAAUUAUUAACAUGUAGCAUUUAGUCACUAAAACAUGACUUUCUUCUUGCUUUGAAAAAAAUAAUCAGUUACAGCUCAUCACCACAAACUUCGCCAA